AUGGCUGAUAUCACGGCUAACCAUGUACCGGGGGCACUGGAUGAUUUACUCAGCCGCUCGAAUCUCGAGCGACUUUCUGAGCUUUCAGAUAAGUUACAGCAACACCUUCAAACAAGUGUAGCAGAUGUUUCUUCCUCUUUAGCUGCCGCCAACGAUGAGGAACUCCACGAUGUCGUCCUUCUAGCAGUUGCGUAUCUCUCUUCAAAAACACACGAUGAUACGAAUAACACUCAGCUGGAAGACCUUAUCGGAAAUCUCAGUAAAAGAGCGAUCAUAUUAGAGACAGACAAAGAACAGUCAGACCUUAUCACGGAAGCAACCGUUGCUGGCAUUGCUAUUGCUUUUUCAACUCACUCACUAGCUUUAGGUGAUGACCUUCUGAUAAAGCUGACGGCUAUUACGGAUCCCCAAGAUCCAUGGACAACUGAUAUCGCUGCAUCGACAGCCACAAGGGUUUUGACUGAGCAGAUCUCAGUUCAGAAGUUACCAAAGUUCAUCGCCGACGAUAUUCUCCAGGACACUUUGAAGCCACUAUUUGCAAAGUCCUCGUCAAGAAUCACAGCUUCAGGACGACCUUCUCAGUAUGCCGCCGUAGACGAUCGGUCACAGGUAUUCUCAGAAGUACAGUCGUGGAGAAGUCAAGCUCCCUGGGCGGAGGCUACGAUACACUGGACCGUCAACGCAUCCACGGAAUUGACUAUCAAAGAAUAUUGGCCUUUGUUCAUGCCAGUUUUGUUGGCACUUGUCGAAGACCAGUCAAUAGAGGUCAAAGUAAAAGGCUUGAGGUCCUUGAAUAUCUUUGUGGAAAAGUGCCCAGCCCAAGUACUGCAAGGCAGAGGCAUAGGACGUGUUUUUGCAGACGUUACGUUCCCCCUCCUCCUCUACCUACCCAGUGUCACCCCAGAGGCUGAAUCUAUAACUAUCCUUGGCCCGGCUUACGACGUGCUCAUCAAACUAGCAGAACGUACUGGAAGCCAGGACAACACUGAACGUCGCAGGUUUUUCGACAAGAUCCUCCGAGAUGGGGUCUUUGCUGGUCACCAUCACGCUUCGCAGUACACGCGUAUAGUACAGGUUAUCGUACAGAAAACUGCAGCGGUGGUCAAUUGCAUGGGUAUCUAUUCAAUUAAGCACCUUUCGGCUCUUCUCUCAAUGUCGUCGUCCAUCAUGACAGACCCUUUUGCCGUCUCGUAUCCUCCAACUCUCUUAGCAACAACACAGCUGAUAGGCGCGAUCAUCGGUAAUGCGUGGCCUCGGAUCCGGGAGCCUGAGCACAUGGAAAACGUCAUUCGAAUCCUGUCGUUAUGCUGGCUCAACACCUUGGAAGAGAUCGAAGACAAUGUGUCUCAAGAUCAGAAAGAGGGACUUCAAGCUGUAUCUCAAGAACUGGCAAGUAAAGGCAAAGCGUUGGAGGCCCUUUGGACCGAGGAUGCCUCCAAACGACCAUCGGAUCUUGAUGAAGCGUUGGAAAAGGAGCCAAAACUAGCAAGACUGUUUUCCGCCGCCUCAGCUUGA